CAUUGGUGGAGGUGGGGCCCCGGCGCACGCACUUUUCCUGCGUUUGUAGCGGCGCGGCGGCCCCAGGGACUGUCUCCGGUGAGGGCCCGCGGCAUGGCCAGGCCGCGCCUGCUGUCGCCGGGGCUCCCGUUGCGGCUGCUGCUGCUGCUGCUGCUGCUCCCGCCGCUGCUGCCGCCGGUGCUGCUGCUCCCGCCAGGCAAAGCCGCCCCGUCCCGCUGCCGUCCGGACCAGCUCCAGUGCGGGCCCGCCGCCCCCUGCUUCCCCGGCGACUGGCGCUGCGACGGCCACCCCGACUGCGACGACGGCGRGGACGAGUGGGGCUGCGAGACGGCGACCUCGGCCGAACCGAGUCCCAGCGUCCCCGAGGUGACCCUGCCGAGGAGCUCGGCGGUGUCGCUUGCCGACAGCGCAGAGGCUUCAGCCACGCCUGAGCCUGAGSUCUGUGUGCCAUCAAAGAGUCAAGGUUACACAUGGAUUUUGAUUGUUGCAGGGCUCCUGAGCAUCCUGGUAGCUGCAGGUUCUGUUGCUGUGUGGGKUCUGUCCAAAGCAAAAAGUAUAUCUAACACCUUGAGUCUUGAAAAAGCAUCCAGGGAGCAGCUGAUGCCUGACAAGAGCCAGACAGGCUCCUCGCCCUGAAAGGGAUCCUUAUCCCGAGGUGAUACAGUGUGACUAGCCUGGUCUGUCUCCUGCUUACCACAGAGCCUGACUAAAUUGGACAUCAGCACUCAAAUCUGUUGUUGUUACACUGGAAUACCAAGAGGAUGCUCCCUUUGGAAAUGGGUCUUAGAUUGUGGGACUACCUUGGCUCCAGAAAUAGCACAGGACCUUCCCUGGCACUGUGGCAUCAGCCCUCCCAAAGGUGGUAGAAAUGUCUUCAUUGUUCUGGGUGACAGUUGUUGAUGCUGAUGCCCACCAGUGUGGCCUUGGAACUGAAGAUGUUUUUCUCCUUGAAAUGCCAUGUGCUGUUCCRCUGUCUCCUUCCACUUCCAGCCAARAUCCUUUUUUCAUCUGCCCCAUUCUUCCCCCUGGAUUUUGUCAGGGAACAGGAGCUUUCUCACCCAUAUCUGUAGCUGCUCACUGGCUGCACAGAUCAGACAAAUACUCCAUGUUUGCACUGCUGUUYGAUGCUGCUCAGUCCCAUGCACAGGAGGCUUUUCCUGACAGUCCCACUGUGGGGGGUGACAGUUGCUCUGUCUUUGCUGUGCUGUCACCCGAGCCGACWUGGGGCAAGGAGCUUCUCAUCCCCAGGCAGGCAGCUCCUCUCACACUCCCUUCCACAAGCAUCUCCACCUCGGCAGAUCUGCUCUGCCCACCCCAGAGCUGAAYGCUGCAUGGGGCUCAUCUCAACACUCUUAACGGUGCCUUCCUUAAAACUGUUCUGACAUGAGUAGUGUCCCUUGAGAUCCGUACUGGGACCAAUGCUAUUCCAUGUUGUCAGCAGAGGUGUGUAGAGUGGGAUCAAGUGGACCUGGUCUGAGGAUUGAGACCAGGCUGAGGAGUGCAGCUGGGGGAGGGGGAUGUCAGCCAGAGGGACCUUCUGGCCCACAGGAACCUCAUGGAGUUUGAUAAGGUCAAGUGCAAGGUCCUGCACCUUUGUUAGGGCAAACCCUGAAGAGAUGGCUCUGGGGAGCCUUCUUGUAUCUUGUCCAWAUCUAAGGGGGGAUUGUAAGAAAGAUGGAGAGGGGCUUUUCAUCAAUGACAAGGGGCAGCAGUUACAAACUGACAGAGGGUGGGCUUAGGUGGGACAUAAAGGAAAGAGGGUUUUAUGGUGAGGGUGGUAAGACCCUGGCACACAUUGCCCAGAGUAGUUGUGACUGCUCCAUCCCUGGGACAGGGCUCUGACCAUCUUGGUCUAGUGGGGAUGUCCCUGGAAAUAAGCCAUAUCUUGGGUCAGACACUGUCUGUGCAGCACGUGGAGCCCCAGGCAAAGGACUCGGUGCUGUGCACCUCUCAGAACCAACCAUGAAGGGGCAGAUUAGUGCCCAGUGCCUGUAGUUCAGCAUCAGCCACGUGUACCUUGARCAAGUGUUCACUAAGUCCAUCAAGCUGCUGCCUUGGCUGCUGACCUCUGUGCCUUGAAGGUGGGAACUUGGAUUGCCAAGGAGACACCAGUCAGCCUUGGAGCAGGAGUCUUCUGCUCCUGAAUAGUGUGUGAGUGCUGCCUUACCCCACGGGAAAAACUUCUAUAUGUGGUAUGGAGUUCYGAGUUGUUCCAGGGCUGCUAUUUUUAGUACCAAGGAGUCAUUUGCAAGGGCACACACAACCUGUUUCCAUAGGGACAGGUGCAGAUAGCUGUGGUGACUGACAUAGRAGAAUAAAGAAUGUGAAAUAAACAAGUUCUGGAGUUUUUA